ACUUUCAGAAACAAAGUGAGCGAGUGAGAGUGACACACUGACAAGUUGGUUUUCAAUAAGGAAAUUGAAGACAUUUUGUAUCUGGAGUACUUUUAAAGACAGAAGCUGGGGGACAAAUUCAAGCACCGGGUAUGAACUCACAGAUUCACAGGCCCUGCAGUGGGAGGAGCGGAGACUGAAAAGACUGUUCAGUAAAGCUCAUCAGGAUGGGCUGCACUUGUAGUGGCCAGAAACAAGUAAAAGAUGACAAGGCCUACAAAAAAAAACACAACGCUCAAGUCUCGUCAAAUCACAUAGCACGCAGUGGAAACACCUGUUCUGAUAAGGACGAGAGCCUGUAUGUGGCACAACAUGACUUCAAGGCGACCAACGACAGCGAUCUACCUUUCAAAAAGGGAGACAAACUUAAAGUUUUACAAGAAAAUGGAGAAUGGUGGGUGGCUAAAUCGUUGUUGACUGGACAGGAGGGCUUCAUACCAUCUAAUUAUGUUGCCAGGGCAGAUACACUCGAGGUGGAAAAAUGGUUUUUCAAGGACAUAAGUAGGAGAGAGACAGAACGGCUGCUUUUAGCUCCUGGAAAUAAACCUGGGGCCUUUCUGGUUCGAGAGAGUGAGACGUGUGCAGGGUCAUUCUCACUGUCAGUCAGAGAUCAUGUAUCAGAACAAGGAGAUGUUGUAAAACACUACAAGAUCCGCUGUCUGGACAAAGGUGGCUACUACAUCUCCCCCUCCAACACAUUCCCAUCUUUACAGGAACUGGUUAAAUACUACACCCGCACAGCAGAUGGUUUGUGUCAGCGGCUGUAUGCCCCUUGUAAGGCAAAGGAACCCCAGCAGCCGUGGGCACAAGAUGAAUGGGAGAUUCCCAGAGAGACCUUGAAGAUGGUGAAGAAACUGGGUGCUGGGCAGUUUGGAGAAGUGUGGAUGGGUUACUAUAAGAACACCCAGAAGGUCGCUAUUAAGACCUUGAAGGAGGGAACGAUGGAGCCUGAGGCCUUUCUCCAGGAGGCCAACCUGAUGAAGCAGCUGCAGCAUGAACGACUGGUGCGCCUUCAUGCUGUGGUCACCAAGGAGCCCAUUCUUAUUGUCACGGAGUUUAUGAUUAACGGAUGUCUUCUGGACUUCCUAAAAACAGACGAAGGAAAAAAGCUAAAGCUCAGUAAGCUGAUAGACAUGUCAGCACAGAUAGCUGAAGGCAUGGCCUACAUCGAGAAGAAGAACUACAUCCACCGAGAUGUGCGUGCAGCCAACAUUCUGGUCAAUGAAACCCUGCACUGCAAGAUAGCAGACUUCGGCCUGGCCAGGAUCAUCGAGUCAGAAUACACAGCUCAAGAAGGUGCUAAAUUUCCCAUCAAAUGGACGGCUCCUGAGGCCAUCAAUUUUGGCACUUUCACCAUCAAGUCAGAUGUAUGGUCGUUUGGAAUCCUCCUCACAGAGAUAGUCACCUAUGGAAGAAUACCUUACCCAGGGAUGACCAACCCAGAGGUGAUCAGGAGCCUGGACAGGUCAUACAGGAUGCCACGUCCGGAUGGCUGCCCCGAGGAACUCUAUGACAUUAUGAUGAUGUGCUGGAGGCAGAAGCCUGAAAAUCGGCCAACCUUUGAAUUUCUGCAGAACACUCUCAAUGACUUCUUUAUCGCCACGGAGGGACAAUAUGAGAUGCAGCCAUGAUUGCAAGUGAGAUGUGAGACUCAAAUGGAUCGGGGACCAACCGAACAUCUUCUUUAUAGCUGAAAGAAUUUAUUUUUUUAAACAAAGGACACAUUUUUUACCCCUAACUUCUGAGUGAAUGUAAUGUAAUGGCUCCUUUUGUCUUUAGCAGCUAAGAGCGUCUAAAACAUGUUCAAGUCAGAAAGGAAACAUUCAGAAGUUUUAUUAUACUGGCUGUACUCCCGUUAUUGAUGGCUCUCAUUGGUGAUGACAGCCAUGGAGUAUGAGGACACAAAUUUAAGACUGAUA